AUGGCAAACUUUAGCAAAUUGUAUUCGUCUGAAGACCUUGUGGAGCAAAUUCUAUCAGGACUGCCUCCCAAAUCUUUGAUGCGAUUUAAGUGUGUGUGUGAUUUGUGGUGCAAUUUAAUCAAGAGCCCUAGUUUUGUAGCUAAACACCUUUCGGGAUCUAUGCGAGCAUCCUCUAUGCCCGUUCUUUUCAAGCGCCCAGUCCCCAGGGACAAGGAAAAUAACAUUAUGGAUGAGAAGGGAGUUGAGAAUGACGACGACGAUGUCGGAACUCUAUUGUGGUCACUUAAUCUCUGCAAUGAGGAUGAUAAUGAUUACCUUCUAUCAACCGUACUUGAGGAACUUAAUGUUCCGCUUCCGGCUCCUCUUAAGCUAAAACAUUCCUCGGAUCUGACAAUUGCAGGUCAUUGUGAUGGAAUCAUUUGUUUAAAACUUUUCACUGGUAACGUUAUUUUAUGCAACCCAGCUAUGAAGGAAUUUAAGCUUCUUCCCAAGUCUUUUCUUCUCCUUUGCAAUGAUGACUUUGAUGAUCUCUGGUCGCUUUCCUAUGAAUUAAGAUAUUACACUGAACAAUUGGGAUUUGGCUAUGAUCCCGAAGGUAAAGAUUACAAGGUUCUUAGAUUCGUAAUCUAUGAUGAGUCAUGUUAUUGGUUCAAAGCAGAAGUAUACACUAUGGAUUCUAAUUCUUGGAGAGAGAUCAAGACCGAAUAUAAUAAUAUAAUCCAAUUUGUUAAUUGGUCUUCUGAUCAGCCUAUAUACUUCAACGGAAUAUGUUAUUGGCAAGUAAGUGGUUCAAGGGGGGAGUUCAUUCUAUCAUUUGAUAUGGGUAACGAGCUAUUUCAUGAGAUAUUGAAUCCAGAUUUGCCAGAUAAAUGUGGAGUGGUGAGGCUUGCAGUGUGGAAAGAGUUCAUUUCUCUUUUUACCUAUCAAGAAGAAAUUGUAGUUCCUCCAUCUUACGAUAUGUGGGUGAUGAUGGAUGAUCUUGGCGAUGGCAAGGGUUCAUGGACUAAAUAUUUUACUAUAGGACCUGUCGAAGGUGAUAAAUGGCCAUUGCUAUUUUGGAAAGGUGACCAACUGUUAAUGGAAAGUAACGAUGGACAGAUCGUCUUAUAUAACAUCGGCACACAAAUAUUAAAGUAUCUUCCUAUUCAUUUCAUCAGAGAUCUUUACUAUAGUCAAGAACUUGUUUAUGUAAAUAGUAUUGUUUCCAUCAACGGAGGCAAUGUACUUGAAGAUAUACAUAUUUCUGCAUUUUAUGGCAAUGGCAAGUUUUAUUCCAUCAACAAAGGAGACGUAAUAGAUAUUUCUGCUUUUUAUGGCAUUACAAGUUAG